GAGAAAGAGAGAGAGAGAGAGAGAGAGAGAGAGAGAGAGAGUAGGGAAUAGGGAAUAGUAUAGAGAGAAAUAUGUUGUUGUACCCAACAUGAUGAGGGACUCUUCUUCUUCUUCUUCUUCUUCAUCAUCAUCCUCAUCAUCUUCUUCUUCUUCUACUAUGCCAUGGGUGCAUGGCAUGUGUGUGGUGCUCUCCUUAAUGGUGGUCUCUCUAGUGGUGCUCCUCUUCUUUGAUCCAAACACCACACCAUCUUAUAACUGGUUCUCUUCAACACACCCUCCUCCUCCUCCUCCUUUGAACCCAAACCCAAAGAGAAGUGUUGGUGGUGGUGGAGGUGCUCUAAUGGCCACUAUCUCUUCCUCUUUCUCCCACAACAAUGGUGGUGUUGAUACUAACAACAACAACAACAACAACAACAAUAAUAACAACAACAAUAAUAAUAGUUAUAACAAUGGAGAUGGGCAUGUACAUGUGGGGUUCUACAAUGGUGGAUUAGAGUAUUAUCACUUCAAUGCUUCAUAUGUUUCUCCGGCUCCGGCACCGGCACCGGCACCGGCACCGGCACCGGCACAGGCAACAACAUACAUCGAGGAUUCUAUUUCAAAACAUACAACUCCUCCUAGUAGGCAACAUAGAAGAGAUGUGAACCUAGAGAGGGUUGAACUUGAUCUAGCCCGAGCCCGGACUGCUAUCAGAGAAGCUGUUCAAAAAGCAAAUAAUGGAUCUGAAAUAGAGGAUAGUGAUUAUGUUCCAAAAGGCCCGGUAUACAGGAAUGCACAUGCAUUUCACAGGAGUUACUUGGAAAUGGAGAAGCUCUUCAAGGUCUAUGUUUACCCGGAAGGGGAGCCGCCGAUUUUCCACGACGGCCCCUGCCGAAGUAUAUAUUCGACAGAGGGGCGGUUCAUACACGGCAUGGAGCAGGAGAACCGGCUGCGAACGACGGAUCCGCGGCUCGCCCAUGCAUACUUCCUUCCUUUCAGUGUGGUGAAGAUGGUUAAAUUGAUUUACGAGCCUAACUCGCACGACAUGAAGCCCUUGCGACAGACCGUUCUCGAUUACAUCAAUGUUGUCGCGAGUAAAUACCCGUAUUGGAAUAGAAGCCUCGGCGCGGAUCAUUUCAUGCUCUCCUGUCAUGACUGGGGGCCUUACGUCUCGUCGGCCGAUCCUCAUCUGUUCUCCAACUCCAUCCGUGUGCUCUGCAACGCGAACACGUCGGAGGGAUUCAGCCCGUCGAAAGACGUCGCCCUCCCGGAGAUCAACCUCAAGACCGACUCGACCGCGGGGAUGCUCGGCGGGCCGUCCGCCUCCCGCCGCCCGAUCCUCGCCUUCUUCGCGGGCGGCAACCACGGCCCCGUCCGGCCUCUCCUCCUGCAGCACUGGAAGGACAACGACAGCGACAUCCGAGUCACCGAAUACCUCCCGAGGGGGGUCUCCUACUACGACAUGAUGCGGAGGAGCAAGUUCUGCCUCUGCCCGAGCGGCUACGAGGUGGCGAGCCCGCGCAUCGUCGAGGCGGUGUAUCUCGAGUGCGUGCCCGUGACGAUCAGCGACAAUUACUCUUUGCCGUUCAGCGAUGUCCUCAACUGGAAGUCGUUCUCGGUGCAGGUUUCGGUCGGAGACAUCCCGAACCUGAAGAAGAUUCUUACGGGCAUCUCGCCGCGGCAGUAUAUAAGGAUGCAGAGGAGGGCGAGGGUGGUGCGGAGGCACUUCAUGGUGAAUAACCCGCCGGAGCGGUUCGACGUGUUUCAUAUGAUUCUGCAUUCGGUGUGGCUUCGCAGGCUCAAUGUGAGGAUUCAUGCAAAGGAUUGAUUGAUUUGUAAGAUUGAGUUUUUUGUGAUAGUUAGAGAUUUUUUUAUUUUUUUAUUUUUUUUUUUUAUUUUUAACUUACAUGUAUGUGAUUUAAUUGCAUUUGAAAAGGCAUGGGUUGUUGCUGAUGCUGGGAAAUAAACUGCUUGUUUUACUCUUCUUUUGUGUGUAGAUUUUAUAGAGUAAGUAAAUGUUGGUGUGUUUUUUUGCUUGUAAUGUGGGAAAUACACCAAAA